AUGGAUGUUAAGUAUGUAGAGGGUUCGUCUUUGGGUGGUUGGGCUCUUUUUGUCGGCUUCCACAUCGAUGCAGUGGCAUUGCCAGCAGCCGAGUUCCCGAAGCUCAACCCCAAUUCCAUUUACUUCACGGAUUCACAACAAGAUUCGAUGAUUGAGAAUUUCCCAACUGGUGGCCAUGACAUUGACAUUUUCAAUUAUGAGAACAAGACUGUGUUGCCAUCCAUCUCGACGCCAACUCUCAUCACCUCCCCCACCGUCACACCGCCUGCCGGAGGCGGCGACCCUGAGCUCGCACCAAAAGACCGUCGUGUUCCUCUGCCACUGCCGCUAUGCGUCUACAGAAUCCCAACACACCGCCGUCCACUCCCACCAGUCCUUCUGCCGCCAUCGAUGCCGACGCACCGUUGCGCCUCACACGCCCCUCUGCCCGCCGCCGUUCACUUCCACCAGCCGAUUGUACCCACACGGUCGCGGCCGCCACCUCAUUCUCUGAGCAUCCGAAAGCCAACGACGUUUAGGAAUGCGCGGCGUCCAUAG